UUGAGAGCGCGAUGCCAGAUGUGGAGCGGCUCGCGAUGAACGGGAGUCAGGUGGUGAACGGCUCCACCGCCGCACUCAGACCGCCCUGGGUCACCACAACGCUCGGCUGCUUCCUCAUCUUCACCAUCGUGGUGGACAUCCUGGGCAACCUGUUGGUGAUUUUCUCCGUUUACCGGAACAAGAAACUUCGGAACGCAGGUAACAUCUUCGUAGUGAGCCUAGCUGUUGCCGAUCUGGUAGUCGCUUUGUACCCAUACCCCCUGGUCCUGGCGGCCAUCUUCGGGCAUGGUUGGCGUGUGGGGGCAGCUCAGUGUCAGAUCAGCGGCUUCCUGAUGGGCGUCAGCGUAGUCGGCUCUAUUUUUAACAUUGCUGGCAUCGCCGUGAACCGCUACUGCUAUAUCUGCCACAGCCUGCGCUAUGAGCGUCUGUUCAGCGAGCGCAACUCAGCAUGUUAUGUGGCGGUGAUCUGGGCAUUGAGCGUGCUCGCUGUGGUGCCCAAUGUAUUUGUAGGCUCUCUUCGCUACGAUGAUCGUGUCUACUCGUGCACGUUUGCCCAGUCAGCCAGUGCCGCGUACACACUAGCCGUCGUCUCCUUUCACUUUCUGCUUCCUAUCCUAGUGGUGGCCUAUUGCUACCUGCGCAUAUGGGUGCUGGUAAUCCAGGCACGGAGGCGUGCAAGGCCCGAGACCCGGCCGGCAGGAGUAACGCCACAGGACGUACGCAACUUUGUAACUAUGUUUGCAGUGUUUGUGCUCUUUGCUGUAUGCUGGGCACCACUCAAUGCCAUUGGCUUAGCUGUGGCUGUAGCGCCUGAGCAAGCCAUUCCCGAGUGGCUAUUCGUGGCCAGCUACUUCCUGGCGUAUUUCAACAGCUGCCUCAAUGCCAUAGUCUAUGGGGCACUCAACCAGAACUUCCGCCGCGAAUACAAGCGCAUCAUCCUGUCCCUCUGCAUGCCGACUGCUCUCUUACCAGAAAACUCGAAUGACGCACAGGAGAGACUCCGAAGCAAACCAUCACCACCCCUCACCAACAACAACCAGGUCAAAGUGGACUCAGUGUGAUGAAAUACACGUGUGUCUGUUAAAUUUUUCAAAUAAGGUGCUCUUACUGUGAACCAAGAACAAAAAACAAUCAGCUUGAUCAAAGAACACCUUAGCAAUGCAACAAAACUGUGGAUUCUCAUUUUUAUACGAUCAGAACACUCAGAGGGAAAAUGUGCUGUAUUGUUUUUUUUUUCUCUCUCUGUCACGCACUUUUACUUUUUGUGGUUUGGAAAUAAAUGCAUAAAAUAAUGUUUUACACUCAAUUGGAAACAUAAAUGUCUGUUUUUUAAGCCCAAAAAAAUUAUUGAUGUGUAAUAUAAAGUAAAAAUGUACCUAUUUAUUUUGUUUCUCUCAAACAUCUAAC